AAUUUUGUUCUAUCCAAAAAAACAAUUUUUGUGGCUGUCCUCCGUUUUUUACUCAGUACACACUCUUUCAGCAAUCCCAAUUGAGUUCCUCCACAUUUUAAUCAAAUAAUCUCAUUUUUUUUCCUACCGCAACUCUCAACCAUGAAUGACACAGUAGACAAGCUUGUAAUCUUUCUAGCAAAGAGAGAUGGCAUCGACAAACUUGUCAAAACUUUUCAGUAUGUAUCGAAACUUGUUCAUUGGCAUGUCGAUAAAACACACCCCCAUGUAGCCACCAGGGCCAAGAAAUGGGAAGUGGCGGCCGGUCUAAGCCGGAAGGCCUUUCGAAGUGGACGGUUUCUUACUGGCUUCAACGCGAUAAGACGGAAUCCGGGCCCCACCAUGACUUUCCGGUUGCUCGCUGUGCUUUCAAACGCCGGUGAAAUGGUCUACUUCUUCUUUGACCACUUUCUUUGGCUGUCAAGAAUUGGUGUUUUGGAUGCAAACUUGGCUAAGAGGAUGAGUUUCAUAUCAGCAUUUGGUGAGUCCUUUGGUUACAUAUUUUUCAUCAUAUCUGAUUUUAUACUCAUUCAAGAGGGGAUUAAGACAGAAAGGAAGAUUACCAAGUCAAUGGAAGAAUCCAAGGAUUCAAAGGAAAAUAUCAAGAAAAUUAGGGUUGAUAGGGUGAUGAGAUUAAUGGCUAUUGCAGCUAAUUUAGCAGAUUUGAUUAUUGCAUUGGCUGAUAUUGAACCUAAUCCCUUUUGUAACCAUGCUGUUACACUUGGAAUUAGUGGCUUGGUUUCCGCAUGGUCUGGUUGGUAUAGAAAUUGGCCAUAGCAUGUGGUUUAUAUUCAUGUGUGUACCAUUAUGAAAAUGUUAAUUAUUAUGGAAAUCUUUUGCAAAAUUUUACGUUGAAUUU